AUGGUCGGCCAGCGUCGCAUCGACGCUUGGUGGAUCGCUUUAGCGUUCGUCGCGCUCAUCGGAUCAUCGAUGUGCGCCGCUCUCGCGAUCGCCUCGUCGUCGCUCACGCCCGACUCGGAGCGCCUGCGAAGCCCGCGGCAAUACCUGUCAGCGGCGCUGACGACGGAACCCGCGAGGAGCGUCGGCGGCCUACUCCUGUCGACCGGCGCCUUCGCCUUCCUCCUCGCGGCGCUGGCGCGCAAGCUCGAGCUCGACCUGCGCCGCGUGCAGCUCCCGCGCAAGGAGGCCCCCAUCGGCGUGGCGCCCACCGUGUGCGACGAUUGGAUCAAGACGGAGAACCUCGCGCUGUGCCUCCACGCCGUCGCAUCCGUCGGGGCGCUGGGCGCGAGCGCAGUGAGCUUUGAGACGCAUCCCCGCGCGCACCGCGCGUCACUGGCCGUCUUCUUCGUCGGCGGGUCGAUGAGCGCGGCGUUACACGCGAUCGUCGACCACGGCCUGGGCAACACGUGCUCGGAACGCGUGCGACGGGCGAGGGCCGUCUUCGCCGGCGUCGCGUUGAUUUUCUCGUCGGCGUUCAUCGUCGAAACUCCCACCUUCGGGUCAGUCGCGUCGGCGCAGCUGGCGUUUGAGUUUGCGCAGCUGGCGUGCGUCGCCGCGCUCUGCGCGCACUACGCGACGUGGGUGAGAUCGUUCCGCUCGUUCACGGUGGUGGCGAGCGCCGAGGACGUGCGCACGGGCAUGUCGCGGGACUCGAGCUGGGCGUGGGGGCUGAGAGACGACGGCGCGUUCAAUGGCGGGGGCGAGAGCGACGACGACGACGGGGAAUACUCCGUCGCGGAGCUCGGCGAGGCGGGCAACAGGAGCAGCGGCGCGUCGUUGGUGUCCAAGAUAUCGGACAUGCUCGGCGGGAGCGGGCGGUCCAGCCCGAAGAGGGAGCGGGGUGACUCCCAACGCGGCCGAGUCGAUCCGUUCACACACACUGGCGCCAACGUCGUCGCGCCGUAUUCGCCGGCGAGGGUGAGCGGUUUGAGGUCGAGCCCGAUGACGCCGGGGGUGCCGCGGGUGGACAGCAGCGACAGGAUCUACCGGCAGCUGCAUGAGCCGUUCAUGCGGGCGCACAUGGAGCACCAGGAGCAGCGGCAAAGCAAUCUGGGCAAGAAGCUACCAACUUUCGUGCCCUGA